GCUAUUUUUUACUCAAAGCCUGAGAAUCCUAAUAAACCAUGCCGCUACCUUACAGCUUACCGCCAGAUAAACCCCACAAACACCAACUAAAACCUCCUUCCUGAUGGCCCAACGAUGAAUCCCCCACGCAGCCACCGGAAACCCGUAUCAGAAAGUCAACAUUACAUUUUCUCCAAGCCAUGAAACUCUUACAUUCUCCACUCUUUCGUUCAAUCUCUUCCAAAUCAUUCAGUUCCUCUCGGGAAAUGUCCGUGUCAAACAAGGUCCUCAACAUAAUCGAAAGAGUAAACCCAAUGGAGCCAGCACUCGACAAAUUAGUUCAUUUCCUAUGUCCCAACACUAUAUCGUCAAUUCUCGAAGAACAGCGGCAAAAUCAAAAUCCUCAAUUGGGCUUUCGAUUUUUCAUCUGGACCGCAAAAAGAAAGCGAUUUCGCAGCUGGGUUUUGCAGAAUUUAAUCGUGGACAUGCUUGUAAAAGAAGGUGGAUUCGAUUUAUACUGGAAUGUUCUAGAUGAACUUAAGGUUAAUGGGGUAUCUAUAAGUUCUGACGCUUUUGGGGCGUUGAUUUGGGGUUAUUGGAAGGUAAAUAAAGCAGAAAAAGCUGUUGAGGCUUUUGGUAAAAUGAAGGAUUAUGAAUGUAAGCCUGAUUUAUUUACUUACAAUAUGAUUCUUCAUAUUAUGGUUCGAAAAGAUGCGAUCUUGUUAGCUUUGGCUGUGUAUAAUGUGAUGUUGAAGUUGAACUCGAGGCCCAAUAGUUCCACUUUUAGUAUUUUGAUUGAUGGGUUGUGUAAGAGUAGGAAAACUCAUGAUGCUCUUAAACUGUUUGAUGAAAUGAGUGAGAGGGGUGUGUUGCCUAGUAAGAUUACAUAUACAGUUAUUUUGUCCGGGUUGUGUCAAGCUAAGAGAGCGGAUGAUGCUUAUAGGCUGCUUAAUGUGAUGAAGAGUAGAGGAUGUAGGCCGGAUUUCGUUACAUACAAUGCUUUGCUUAAUGGAUUUUGUAAACUAGGCAGAAUUAAUGAAGCACAAGCACUUCUUAAGUCUUUCGAGAAUGAAGGUUAUCUAGUGGAUCUAAAAGGGUAUACAUGUUUGGUUGAUGGUUUCGUUAGAAUUAAAAGAAUUGAUGAAGCACAAUCCGUCUUUAAAAAAUUGUUUGAGAAUAAUGUGGUUCCGGAUGUUGUAUUGUACACGACUAUGAUUCGGGGUUUAUCUGGAGCCGGUAGGGUGAAAGAGGCAUUGAGUUUGUUGAGAGAUAUGACAGGGAGAGGUGUGCUACCGGAUACUCAGUGUUAUAAUACUCUAAUCAAGGGAUUUUGUGAUAUGGGUUUAUUAGAUCAAGCUCGGUCGCUUCGGCUAGAAAUAUCGGAAAAUGAUUGCUUUCCAGACACCUUUACUUACUCUAUUCUUAUUUGUGGUAUGUGCAGAAACGGCCUCGUGGAGGAGGCUAGGCUAAUCUUCAAUGAGAUGGAGAAGCUAGGAUGUUUUCCUUCCGUUGUAACUUUCAAUACUCUCAUUGAUGGACUUUGUAAGGCUGGUGAGCUUAAGGAGGCUCACCUAAUGUUUUACAAAAUGGAGAUAGGUAAAAACCCUUCAUUGUUUCUUCGUCUCUCUCAAGGUGCUGAUCGAGUCCUUGACAGUGCAAGCCUGCAAAAAAUGGUAGAGAAAUUGUGCGAAUCAGGUAAGAUUCUUAAAGCUUACAAGCUUCUUAUGCAGUUGGCUGAUUGUGGAGUCGUUCCAAAUAUAAUUACGUAUAAUAUUUUGAUCAAUGGAUUAUGCAAAUCUGGAAAAAUUAGUGGUGCUUUUAAUCUUUUUGAAGAGCUUCAACUCAAGGGGCAUUUCCCCGAUACAAUUACUUAUGGGACACUUAUUGACGGUCUCCAAAGGGCUGACAGGGAAGAGGAAGCUUUUAAACUCCUUGAUCAAAUGAGCAAGAAUGGGUGCAUGCCAAGUGCAGAGGUUUACCAGUCGCUUAUGACUUGGUCCUGUAGAAGGGGAAAGAUCUCUAUCGCGUUUAGCCUUUGGUUGAAGUAUUUGAAAACCCAAGCUGUUCGAGAGAGUGAGAUGAUAGGGUUAAUUGAGAAACAUAUAGAGAAAGGUGAUCUGGAAAAAGCAGUUCGAGGAUUACUUGAGAUGGACCUAAAACUGGAAGACUUUAAUUCAUCACCUUAUAACAUUUGGUUGAUCGGGUUGUGUCAGGCACGCAAGCCAGGUGAUGCUUUGAAGAUAUUUUCUUUACUUAAGGAAUUUGGUGUCUCGAUUUCAGCCCCAAGUUGUGUAAUGUUGAUUCAUAGUCUUUGUGAGGAAGGAAACUUGGAUCAGGCAGUCGAAGUUUUCCUAUAUACUGUGGAGAGAGGUGUUCGCUUGAUGCCACGAAUUUGCAACAGAUUGCUUCAGACCCUUCUCCGUUCUCAAGAUAAAGCACAGCAUGCUGUUGAUCUUUUGGAAAGAAUGAGGUCUACAGGCUACAACUUAAAUGACUAUCUUCAUAGUGGUACGAGAUCUCUUUUCCAGCGAUGGAACAGGAGGGGAACAGAGAGUCUAUCACCUGGAUAAGGUUGCUUGUCAGUUUCAUGGUGCAGUGAUUUUCGCUUUCCUUCCAGAACUUUCUGAGCCUGAUUUGCAUGGCCGUGUUGAAGUUGUAAAGUUUGCAGGUGCCUCCACCUUUUACCUUCACUAACCCUGUUUCAGACCUUGUAACUUGGACUAGAGAAUUAGCAUAGAGAUUUUACUGAAGCUGCUCUAACCAGCAUUUUUGGGAGGAGGAACUGGACAGAUUCAUGCAGAAAGUGGCAUUUGCGGCAUGUAUACGUACUGUCAAUCUUUUGAUGAAUCUUGUGAAGGUGCAAGAUUGUGGAGUUGGUGAUGGUGCUUACUAAAGGAGCUAGCAUGGAUCUUCUACCGAGCCUCUUUGCCACUGGCAGGGUGUUUUGGAGCUAGGCGGUGCUUAUUGGCCGUAGAUGAUGUACUUUCAGUCACAAGCUUUAUUGCACAUUAAUAAUGAGUUAAUGCUUUUGGUCGUGGCAUUGGUCAGUUUGAACAAAAGACUCCUCGCCAGUGCUGUCAAAGGAUCGCAUUUAAUCCCUGAAGCUAGGUGCAAAACAAGUUGAUGAAUUCUUGCUUAGGUAGCGCUUCAGUGCAGGCACCAAGGCACUAAGCCCAUAUUUAUUUGCGCUGUGUCUAAAGCCCCCACAGAGCAAGGCUGUUUUUCUCACUUUCCGCUGCUCCUGGUUCUCACUCUUCACAGUAUGUGCAGCUGAUGGAUUUAUUAAUCGCUCGAAGUCUCCCACUGAUGCUAAAUCACUUAGCAAUUGAUCUGCCACUUCAGAACCUUGUUGAUUAUUGCAGCAGAGGCAAUUUAUACGAGGAAACGUGAAAAUAAACACAAGCCUUUCUUUUGCUAAGUGAGAUUAUGCUCACUUGUGGUGAUUAACGUAAAGAGUUUACUUGAGCUUCAGUAUUGGAAAAAAAGGAGGGGAGAUUACCGUUUAUGUCUGAAUACCACGUAUUCUUACCCAAAUUAUGGUGUAAGAGCAUACAUGGAACAAAAGUUGUCUUUAUAUAAAUGCUGGCCAAAUGUCUGGUUUUUAGUGUUGAUGCUUUGCCAGAAUUAGCAA